CGUCAGUCGUCCGCGCUUGCUGUAUAUUCAUUCAAAAUGUCCCAACAAGGCCCCGCAUUCGACGUGAACGCUAUGACCCUGACCCGAUGGGUGCUGGCCCAGCAGCGAACGGCCCCAACAGCCACUGGAGACCUCACACAGCUGCUUAACUCCAUACAAACUGCUGUAAAAGCUAUACAGUCCGCUGUGAGAAAAGCCGGCAUCGCUAAACUCCACGGCAUAUCCGGCGAAACGAACGUGCAAGGCGAGCAAGUGAAGAAGUUGGACGUGUUGUCCAACGACUUGUUCAUUAAUAUGCUCAAGUCUUCCUUCACCACCUGUCUCCUGGUAUCCGAAGAGAACCCUACCGUCAUACAGGUGGAAAAAGAAAAAAGCGGCAAGUACGUGGUCUGCUUCGAUCCUCUUGACGGCUCUUCAAACAUCGACUGCCUCGUCUCAGUAGGCUCUAUCUUCUCUAUUUACAAAAAAUCUUCCGCUGGUGAACCAAAUGAAUCCGAUGCGUUAAAACCAGGUAACGAACUGGUAGCCGCUGGUUACGCCCUGUACGGCUCCGCUACCAUGAUGGUCCUGUCCAUUGGCAAAGGGAAAGGGGUCAACGGUUUUAUGUACGACCCCAGCAUAGGAGAGUUCAUACUGACUGACCCCAAUAUGAGGAUACCUGAGAAGGGGAAAAUAUACUCUAUCAAUGAAGGUAAGUUGAUAAUUAUUUUGGAUUUGUUAUACUGGCAUUGGUUAUUGGCAAACUUGUAUUGCUCUAUUCAGUUGAAAGUUUAAAAACGGACUUGGAAC